AUGUCUUGCCUAGAGACCAUGAGCGAUCGAUCCUUCGGGCCACGAGUCGAUCAUCAAUGUCGCUCGUUUGACUUUACUUUGUUCUUUGAGGAUGUGUUCUUUGCAUGUUUACCAUCUGCCCUCCUGCUCCUCCUCGUGUCACCGCCUCUCAUUAGCAUGCGUCGCCGACGCGUUGUCGCAACCCUCCAAUCCAAGCUAUUUUUCGGCAAAUUGGCAACAUUGACCGCAUUGUUUGCCUUUCAGAUCACCUUUCUUGCUCUGCGUAUUCGUUACCCCUCAUCCAAGACGAGGGUAUCAAUCUCUGCCGAUGUCCUAGCCAUAACCUCAACGAUCGUAAUUUUUGCGCUCUCUGCCUUGACCCACGAAAGGUCCCAGAGGCCAUCUACGCUAGCCGUCUUGUAUCUCUCUCUAUCCAGCAUUCUGGGUAUCGCGCGACUUCGGACUCUAUGGUUUCUCAGCAAUGGACUUACCGUGCCGACAGUCUUCACUUGUAUUCUUUUCCUAACGCUCACGGCUCUGGUCCUGGAAUCCCUUGCGAAGACGAGGGAAUUGGCUGAAUCAGAAUCUGUGAGCGGUGACAAGUACUCAACACCGGAACAAAACAGCGGGUUCUGGUCGAGGACUUGUUUUUGGUGGCUGGCAAGAACAUUCCAAUUGGGAUAUACCAAAGUUAUAUCUUUAGGUGAUCUUCCAGGUCUUGAUCCAAGUAUCCUAAGCCACAGUUUACACGCCGAGCUCACCGCUUCGUGGAAUAAGUAUGACCGUCAAUCCCCCCACAGUCUCCUGCGGGCCAGUUUCCGAAGCAACCUCAUACCCUUCCUGUCGCCCAUCCUUCCCCGACUAUGUCUUACCGUUUUCACAUUCGCACAGCCAUUUCUUAUCAACACAACCGUCGCCUAUGUCGCUCAAACUAGCCCCGACGCCAAUUAUGGCAGAGGACUGAUUGGUGCAUGGGCUUUAGUCUAUCUAGGAAUCGCGGUGAGCACCUCAGUAUAUCAAUACCACAACUUCCGUUUUGCUACCAGACUUCGCGGAGGUCUGAUCGCCCUUCUCUACCGGCACGCCGUUCGUACCAGAGAAGUUGAUAUGGGAGAGAUCACUGCUGUAACGCUCAUGGGGGCAGACGUAGAGCGGAUAUUUGGCGCCAUGUCCAUGUUUCACUCAGUCUGGGCAUCACUUCUCGAUAUUGCUAUGGCCAGCUGGUUGCUUGGACGACAGCUUUCACUUGCUUGCUUGGCCCCUAUCCUUCUCGUUCUAGUCUUCAUAGCAGCAACGUCCAGGAUCUCCUUAGCCACCAAACUAGCGCAGAUGCGCUGGAUCGAGAAGAUUCAAAAACGUCUACGUGUAACGACUGUCAUACUUGGCGACAUCAAAGCUGUCAAAAUACUUGGCCUUGGCCAAGUCAUGACAAAUGUUCUUCAGAAACUUAGAGUCGACGAGGUAGAGACCUCAAAGUCAUUUAGAAAGCUUCUUGUCACAACUUUGUUGCUUUCGCUCACCCCGAUCAAUCUGGCCCCUAUUGUAACGUUCGCGGUUUAUGUCAUCGUCUCUAUCUUUUGGAAGCACGCUACGUUGUUACCAGCACAAGCCUUUACGUCCAUUGCCUUGAUUGCACUUCUUACGACACCGGUUGUUGAGUUCAUUCAGUUACUUCCAAUGGUGGUGCAAUCGAUGGGUUGUUUCAGUCGCAUACACGACUUCUGCAAUUAUACUCACGAAUCUGGACUGAGCGACGAGCCAACCCGCGACCCCCUAUCACCAGAGCAUUCACAGGAACCAGCAUUUGGCUUAGAGUCACUCGCGAGAACUGAUUCCACGCCCUUGACACAAAAGCACAUUGUUUCCUGGGAAAAUCAGGACUUUAUAUGGGGAAAGGGUCAAACGGUGUUACAUGGUAUCACCAUCGAUGUGCCCCGAGCCAUACUGACUGUUGUAGUCGGCCCAGUAGGGAGCGGCAAAUCGAGUUUCUUAAGCGCAGUACUAGGCGAGCUCAAGUCUAGAUCGUCGCCCGAAAUCACGAAGCAUGUAGAUGACAGUGGUAGAUGCGCAGUAGCUUAUUGCUCCCAGUCGCCCUGGCUGGAGAAUGGAUCGCUCCGGCAAAACAUACUCGGUGUCUUCGUCUUUGAGCAGAAGUGGUACGACAGCGUCGUCUCUGCUUGUGGACUCGAAACAGACUUGAAAGUACUCGAGAAGGGUGACCUGACUGUCAUUGGAAGCAACGGCGUCAAUCUCAGUGGGGGACAGAAGCAGCGCGCACUUGCACGAGCUGUAUAUUCAAGAUGCAAAGUAGUCGUUCUUGACGAUGUGUUCAGUGGCAUGGACGCUCAUACCUCCCGCCACGUUACGACUCGCCUCUUGGGAUUCAAUGGUCUUUUCCGACAAAAUCAAAUCACAGCUGUGAUUACAACACAUGAUCGCAACAUCAUGCAAUUUGCAGAUAACAUCAUUGUGAUGGACAGCGGGAGAAUCCAGGAAGCUGGCAGCCCUGUGACUCUGACGAAUCAGAAGGUAUAUGUGAGCAAGCUGAAGCUCAAGUACCCAUCUGCUGAUCUGAUCGAGGAGCCUGAGAGGAACGAAAACUCUGGGUCUUCCGAGGUGAUAGAAUCCAGGCCAGCAGAGACACAUGCUCGAGAUUCUCAAGAAAAUGUAGACAUGCGGCGAAAGAAUGGAGAGAAGGCAGUCUACCUAUACUACCUGAAAAAUGCCGGUCGAAAUGCUGUAGUCUUGUACACUGUCUCCGUCAUGGCCUGGAUCUUCUUUUCCGAAUUUGCAACCAUAUGGAUCAAGUGGUGGUCUGACUCUAAUGCGUCUGCGCCUAAUGAGGGUGUCGGGUACUAUCUGGGCAUCUAUGUCAUGAUCGGGAUCUUGGGCACGGUCGGCGCAUCUCUUGCCGCAUGGUUUGCCUUUCUCGACGUCGUGCCCAACACAGCUCUUGGUCUGCAUAACGAUCUUCUUCAAACGGUCUUUUCAGCAACUUUCAGGUUUUUAUCUAAGACGGACAGCGGCGAGCUUCUCAACAGAUUCAGCGAAGACAUGCAGCUUGUCGAUAUGGACUUACCUGCGACCAUGGUGAACUAUACUUCAACCGCUAUCUCAGUUAUAGCAAAAGUCGUCAUCCUAGCCGUCUUCUCUCAGUACCUUGGCAUGACCCUGCCAUUCCUCGCCGCCGUGCUCUAUUUCCUACAAAGAUUUUAUCUGCAGACAUCACGCCAGAUACGCCUUCUUGGAAUCGAGGCCAAGGCGCCUCUAUACACACACUUUUCGGAAUCUGUGGCCGGCGGCGCAACGAUACGCGCUUUCGGGUGGCAGUCCGAGUACCAGGAGCGCAACUACGGCCACAUUGACACUUUUCAACGACCAAACUACGUGCAGAAUUGUAUACAGGCAUGGUUGACGUUCGUUCUGAAUCUUCUUGUGGCUACGCUAGCAGUGAUCUUGGUGUCUACAGUGGUGAAAUGGCACGACAAGUUCAGCGCAAGCAGCGUUGGUGUAAGCCUGAUAAUGGUCACUGGCUUCAGCGAGGUUUUGGCUCGUCUGAUCCAGACUUGGACUAAACUUGAAUCCAGUGUCGGAGCGGUAGCUCGUGUCCGGCGCUUUCACAAGGAGACGGAAACUGAGACGAGCGUCGGGAAGGCCUCACUACCGUUCGAGUGGCCCUCGUCUGGGGCUCUAUCCUUCUCUGAUGUUUCUGCAUCGUAUAGCCCUGGAGAUGAAUUGGUGCUCAAAGGCAUUACUCUCAACAUUGAAGCUGGUCAGCACAUUGCGAUUUGUGGCCGGUCAGGCAGCGGCAAAACGUCCCUCAUUCUCAGUCUGCUGCAGAUGAUGCAGAUGACCAAAGGCAGCAUCAAACUAGAUGGUGUAGAUCUUGCAACGGUGGUACAAGACGAUCUUCGCUCCCGAAUCAAUGUGGUUUCACAAGACCCGCUCUUGGUGCCUGGAACUAUUCGUUUCAAUCUCGACCCGUUCGGCGUCGUUUCGAACGACGGAGAGAUUUCCCGCGUCUUGGAAAAAGUCGGGCUUUGGCACAUUGUUUCGAGACAAGGUGGAUUGGACAAGGAUGUCGACCCUGCUGCGUGGUCGGCAGGAGAGAAGCAGCUCUUAUGCCUAGCUAGGGCCAUGGUGCGGAAGUCUAAGGUCUUGGUACUGGAUGAGGCCAUGAGUAGCGUUGAUGCUGUGACUGAAUCUGUGAUGCAGAAUGUAAUUGACACAGAGUUUGCGGGCUGCACGGUGUUGGCGGUGAUGCAUCGACUUGGACAUGUGGGCCAUUACGAUAAAGUCGCUUUGCUUGAGGAUGGAGAGGUUCUGGAGUUUGGAGCACCAGAUGACCUGAUUUCAGAGAACACCAAGUUUGCUGAACUGUACAGAACGGGAGGUAACUGAUUUGAGUGCGGUGAUAGAGAUUUUCUCUGGAAUGAGUACAGUAC